AUGAAGGUUGAAAUUGAAGUACCACAGACUUGUAGUUUCAUUGUCCGCACCACUGGCUGUAGACUGAGUGAGGUGGCCAACAUGGACGCAGAGGGCAACCCUGUGUUCGGUCCUGCACCCAGCUCUGAUGCCUUUGCUGUUGAAAUGGAGAAAUAUCCUCUGAAGGUUGUGGUUGAGGGUGUGUACGAUGUGAAACUGUACCCUGAGGAUGGUGAGACAACAACCAUCCUGAACAUCAAGAGAGGUAUCAUCUCUGCCCUGGCCGUGCCUCUGCUGGAAGAAGACAAGAAUAGGAACAUGCCCACAAUCCACGGCAUCUGCAAGACGCAUUACUCCAUUAACACUAGAGAGGACAUUGCAACUGACGUCAGCCUCACCAGGGAUCUCUCCAAAUGUGACAAGUUUAUCCCCAUGAGAGAUCACACCAGCCCCCUGGCACUUAUCACUGGCAUGCACUACCCUCUUGCCCAGCUGCUCAGAAGCUCACAGAGCUGCAACUACAAGUUCGACAAUGAGAAGAAACACAUGACCUCUGGGUCCUGCACUGAGAACCAUAUACUUAUUCCCUUCUCACACAAUGGGGAAUAUGGAGUUACCAAUGUUGGAAAGCAAGAAGUGACUCUGGUUCAGGUUUCUCCUCACAAUGAAAGAGUCUUUGAAUGCAGUGACAUUGUCAAGGGUCUUCACAUGGAGGCUGUCGAGGACAAGAAUGCUGUCCAGGACAAAGAUGCAGGUCUAAACCUCCUGAAUGAACUGGCCACUCUGCCUGAGACUGAGGGUGAGAGGAGGGCCCACCUCUUCCACAAGCUCGUCACCAUGGUCCGUGGAAUGAAGGCUGAGACCCUGAGUCCCGCCAUUCCUGAGGCUCUUGCAAUGUCCCGUGUCCUGACCUACCAGGUUCUGGUCCAGUGCGGAACUCCUGAGUGCAGCAGCGCCAUCAUGCAGAUCCUCAGGACCUUUGACAGCUCCUCCCUCGAAGUUGAUGCCAGUGUUUUUGCUAUGGGACUCAUAUCCAAUCCUUCUGCCCUCCUGAUCAAUGACAUGCUUGAGAUGGCCAAAUACAAACACAGCAAGCCCAUCAUGUAUGCCCUGAGCAAUGUUGUCAAAAGGUAUUACAAAGCUGAAGGAAAACUGAUCCCAGAGAUUCACUCUGUUGCUGAUUGCAGGUUGGGAAGCAUCCUCCUGUCCUGCCCGGCUAGCACUGCUAGCCCUCCGCCUGUAACCUGCUCGACCAGCGCUGCUAGCCCUCCGCCUGUAACCUGCUCGACCAGCGCUGCUAGCCCUCCGCCUGUAACCUGCUCGACCAGCGCUGCUAGCCCUCCGCCUGUAACCUGCUCGACCAGCGCUGCUAGCCCUCCGCCUAGCCUGUCCGCCUGCCUGCCUGCCCCACCUACCAAGAACUCAGAGACGAUGACUCUCCUGACCUACCUGACCAUGAAGGCCAGGGAGUCAGAGGCGUCACGGGCAGCUAGCCUAUGGCCUGAUAGCCUGGAGGCUAGGCAUUCCCCGGAGUCCCCCUUUGAAGGAAGUCGCCUAGCCAUGUUUUCGGGUUCCCGUGGUGGUCAUCGGAGGCAACAAGGUCACCAUCAGAGACCCGUCUGCAACAUGCCUGUUUCCCGGCCCGCUAGCGCUGCUAGCCGCCUGCCCAAUCCCUGGCCUAUUCCUGCUCCCAGGUCUCACUUGGUGGUCCUACCGACACCCGUUGCUGGUCCCUCGUCGGUGGUCCGACCAACACCAGCUCUCCCUGCCGGUGGUCCAUGGCCUCCAGCCCAGCCGUCUCACCCGUGGACCUUAGUCCAGCUCUGCCACUUGCGGCCUCAGGCCUCCUACGUCGGCCUCUUGACCAACCUCCGGAGAGGUUCCGCCCUCAGCGCUGGCCUCCUGCCCAAUCUCCUGAACUGUGUUCCCUCUGUUCUGCCCGGCCUGAUGGGUCGUCCCUGGGACGACCACCUGAACUGUUUUACCCUCCUGGUCUGCCCUCGGGACGCUCGCCUGAGGUUUCCCUGUCUGGUUCCCCUGCCCGGCCUGUUGGGUCGUCCUCCCGAACUGUGUGUUCUCCGUUACCCUCCUGGCCUGCUCAAACGACCUCCUGGUCGGCCUCCCGAACUGUGUUCUCCGUUACCCUCCUGGCCUGCUCAAACGACCUCCUGGUCGGCCUCCCGAACUGUUCUGCCCUGCCCUGCCCUGCAU